AUGGUUAAUCUCGCUAUUGCUGAUGGGUCUCAUGAUGCACUUCACUCAAUCAUGAAUGCUACCGUGUGGGGCUCCCUCGGUGCCAUGAACCAGCGCAACUUCGUCGCCGCAUGGACGAAAGCCAAUAUAGAUGCAGCCCACGAAAGGUACGCUUCGAGUCACUCGGCCGAUUACAACUCUUUCGAAGCAGCUAACAAUGCGCAGAUGGAUCUCGGGUCCAGUCCGCCAUCGUCAAAUGCAAUCGAUACGAUUUUAGAAGUUGGUUGCCACGAGUGUUUCCAGUUUUUCGUCCGGCAGGGCAUCAUCACUGGUCAAGGGUAUGAUCAUACAGGGACAAGCUAUCUUUACCAGGCUCUUGAGAACAACCACUCCGUGCUGGCUAAUGUGAUUCUCAACUUCUUUCCCGUCACCUCAUUGCUUGCCCCAGACUGGGCUGUUAGGACAGGAACAACAAUUCUCGAGACCUUGGCGGGUGAACCAAUCCUGGCUCGUAUUUGGAUCAACAAGGUCCUCGAGAGUCCCGUCGAUGCGCUGCCAAACAAUGGUGAUCUCCGCCAUAUGAUCGACGCGGACAUCCUUCUCAAAUUCGCCUACUGGAUUGACCCAGACACUGCCGACAAAUUCAACGCCGUGAACAUCAACAUUGGUGCAGGCCUCGACAGCGAUCUUGGAUCAGUAUGGACUGUUUUAAUCACUGACAACGUUCCCGGUGACUGCAAUCCGUUCCGAUAUCAGUUGAUGAUGUGGAUGAACCAACACCCAUUCCCCCCGAACCCGCAUCAUCCAGAUGGUACACUGAUCAACUAUCCCUGUCUUCCUGGUCACGGUCAGUAUCUUGCUCGCGGCCACUGGCCGCCAUGGUUGGUUGCUCUCCAUGUGGGUGAUCGCGCGGCAGCAUCCAUCAUCGCCAGCUCGCCCUUUGUCAACCCUUUGAUCGAAGGCCGGUCAAUCCCACCACGAGGGACGCCGCCAGGUAUGGGGGUCUUUGGUCCAUGGCGAUCCAUUGGUUAUGGGUCGCUGGAGCACAUCAACGAGAAAGGAUUGCAGAUGCUCUCCCAGUGGGUGCGCCGUGGAACUGACGCCUUUACCCAGAACCAGGAUUGCCGGGCAUACACCGAUCUCCUAGAAGAGCUUCUCAGGUCAGUUUCACGCAAGAUAAACUACAUCGUUAACGUCGCCCCUCAGCCUGCAGGACUGAGUGCGAAACGAUGGAAGAACCGCAAAACCCGGAGGCGACAAGAGUUCUUGCGAAUCGGUGCUCAGAUGAUCCGGGUGAUCCUCGAUGAAGGCAUUCGGGAAGUUCGGCCAGACAGCGUUCGGCAAUCAGGCGAUGACGAGUACUACCGGACUAUGGCAGAGUCAGCCCAUUACCAGCAAUGGGUCAACGACAUGAAGCAACGUCGCACUCCGGCUUUCAGGUAUGUGUUGUCGUUAGUCCACCAGCUGACUCGCCGCGCUGGCAUGUACGCCCGAGGAACGCGCCAUGAUCCGCCUAGCCUGAUGGAUACGGCACCGUAA